GCGCUGCUGGGGGGCUCGGGGGGGCAGCCCAAGGUUCUCCACUCCCUGCGUUACCUGCACGUGGCAGUGACGGAGCCCAGCCCGGGGGUCCCUCAAUACCUGUCCAUGGGAUACGUGGAUGGGAUCCCCAUUAGCCGCUACGACAGUGAGCGGCGCCAGGCGGAGCCACUGACGCCGUGGAUGGCGGCUGGACCUGAGCCGGGAUAUUGGGAUGGACAGACCCAGAUCUAUGAGACGAGCCGGCUCAUUGAUGCCAACAACCUGGAGAUAGCACAGGGCCGGUACAACUGGAGUGGGGGUCUCCACACAUGGCAGUGGCUUUAUGGCUGUGACCUCCUGUCUGACGGGAGCGUCCAUGGAUCCAGUCAGUACGGCUAUGAUGGGCGGGAUUUCAUCUCCUUCGAACUGGGAUCCAGGAGCUUCGUGGCGGCCGAUGGAGCUGCCCAGAUCACCAAGAGGAAAUGGGAACACGAUGGGAUCGAGGUGGAGAGACAGACACAUUACCUUGGGAGCAUCUGUCCAGAAUGGCUCCGGAAAUACGUCGGAUAUGGGCGGGAGGCGCUGGAGCGCAAAGAGCCCCCUGAUGUCCACGUGUCCGGGAAAGAGGAACACGGGAUCCUGACGUUGUCCUGCCACGCGUACGGAUUCUACCCCGGGAUCAUCGGGAUCAACUGGAUGAAGGGGGAUGAAAUCCGGGAUCAGGAGACGGAGUGGGGCGGGAUCGUUCCCAACAGCGACGGCACCUUCCACAGCUGGGCCAGGA